AUGCAGUUCUCAUUCACCGCCGCGGCUCUUGCCACCCUCGUCGGCUACUCUGCCGCCCACACCCUCACCAUUGACGUCUGGGUCAACGGUGCCGACCAGGGCGAUGGCCGUUCCACCGGCACCGGUACCACCAAGUACAUCCGUUCCCCCGAUAACAACAACCCCGUCAAGGACAUCACCAGCGACGCCAUUGUCUGCAACGUCAACGGUGCCAAGGCCCAGACUGGCUUCGUCAAGGCCGCUGCCGGUGACGAGUUCAAGUUCGAGUGGUACCACAACAGCCGUGGUGACGACAUCAUCGACCUUUCCCACAAGGGUCCCAUCAGCACCUGGAUCGCCCCCUACACCGAGGGCAGCGGUGCCGAGGCCAUCUGGACCAAGAUCCAGGAGUCUACCUACGAGGGCGGCAAGUGGGCUGUUGAGACUCUUGUUGCCAACAAGGGUAUGUCUCCCUCAGUCACCAUUCCUUCUACCCUGAAGGCUGGCAAGUACCUCGUCCGCCAGGAGAUCAUUGCCCACCACGAGUCCGACACCACCUACGAUGUCAACCCUGCCCGCGGUGCUCAGUUCUACCCCGCCUGCGCUCAGUUCGAGAUCACUGGUACCGGCUCCGAUGUUCCUCCCCAGAACUUCGACUUCACCACCGGCUACAAGUACACCGACGCCGGCAUCCACUUCAACCUCUACAACGCCGAUGCCUCCACCUACAAGGCUCCCGGCCCUGAGGUCUGGACCGGCGGCUCCGGCUCUGGCUCUUCCCCCGCCUCCUCUGCCGCUCCCGCUGCUUCUUCCACCGCCGCCGCCGCCGCCACCUCCGCUGCUGCCACCACCACUGCUGCUCCCAUCGCCACCUCCGCCGCUGCUGCCAAGCCUACCACCCUCUCCACCGCUGUCAGCUCUGCUGCUCCCGUUGCCAGCUCCAGCUCCGCUGCUGCUCCCGUCGCUACUCCUACCAAGGCCCCCAGUGCCGGCUGCAAGCGCCGCCGCUCCCGCAAGGCCCGCCGCUCUGCUCACUAA